CCCAAAGACAAACAGACGGAGACAAAGUAGCAAAUGCAGAGCUGGAUAGGUUCUGUUUGUCUUUCUCAGACUGUUCUCUGGUGUUUGUAUCCGAGUCCGCUCUCUCUCUGUCUGUUGUUUUUCCGGUCGGAGCUUGUAGCGGUGGUUGGCUUGUGUUCAUUGCCCCCUUACUUGUCCUUCAAGUGUCACUUCGGCGCUGCAUCGAUGGGGCCGGCACUCAGACUUAGUGUUUCACAGAGCCCCCUGUGCUGGUGAAUACACACUAUGUCAUGUCAAGUUGUGUUAUCUGUAUCAGUAUUUAGUUGGUGAUUUUGUAUUUUAUUGUGUGUGUGUGUGUGUGUGUGUGUGUGUGUGUGUGUGUGUGUGUGUGUGUGUGUGUGUGUGUGUGUGUGUGUGUGUGUGUGUGUGUGUGUGUGUGUGUGUGUGUGUGUGUGUACACUGUUUGUGUGUACUGUUUGUGUGUACUGUUUGUGUGUGUGUUUCAGUUGUUUCGACUCGCUGUGUUUGUUUGUGGCUUUUGUCAUAAAGUAUCUUUGUAUUUUGUGACGAUCAACCUCUCUUCUUCAGGUCUGUGGUUGUUCUCACCUCCAGGUGUUGCUGUUUCAAACCCUGUUCUUUUAUCUGGCACAUGCAGUGAUGCAGAGUACCAUGCCGUCCUUGCUAAGUUUGUUUUCUGUUUGUGCCUCAAUCAUCAUCCUCAUCUAGUAAUGGUGGAUUUCAAAGGGUUUCGAUGUGCAGCUGGACACCCCCCUCCCCCCCGCAAUGUCCGACCCUGGGAAGACACAGAAUGCCAGCUUGUCACAUUCAGGGAUGGGGACUGGGGAGGAAGGGAGGGUGCACUGGUUUGAUCUGAUGUCUUGUGAAAGAAUCUUGCGAGGGCAUCUCUUCCCUCUUUCCGUUUAACUCCUUUUCCCUCCUACCUAAUUGAAGGUUUCCACUAGUUCCUCUGACUAAACCCAAUACCCUUUUGGGAGAGCGAGGGGGAGACUAAAAAUAACUCUUAAGUUGAAGUCCCUUGCCGCCAGUUCUGAAGGUUGGCUGGGUGUCUGCAUUACAUUUGAAUAUUAUCUGUGGUUUACCCUGCGCCAUAGGCACAUCUGGCGACAAGCAUAAAUAAAUUAGCAACUGCAAGCCACACGCACGGAUAGCAAAAACACACCACCCGCGUAGCGUAGUCUCCUAGCCGGUGGCCAAGGUGACCACAGCUGCGUCAUGUGCGGCCCUUUGCCCUUGCUGCCAUGGUAGUUUAAUGGAUGCGUGCGUCGUCCAUGGAGGCACUGCUAAGAGCCAACGGGGGGAGGUGGGUAGGGGUUAAGCCGUUUUUUCCCCAGUGAGGAAUCUGCAGGUAGCUGCCUUAAGCCCAGCCCACUUUGACGACAGAGAAUAGGCCCUCGCAUCGGAUGAAGGUCACAGGAAUGUUAGCGCGCCUCCCGCAGUCUCUCUCUCCGCGGCGAGGGGGAGACGAGAGGGGAGCGGUGAGAGUACAAAGAGAGGGGGAGAAAGAGCCACCGGGAGGGAGGGCAUGAGGGGUAAACUUAAGUACACAAAGUACACAAACCUAGGUGGUCAAAGUUGAUUUAUUGCUAACAAAAGGUACACAGACAGUACAUACUGCUAGCAUGACAGGGGUCACUCAGGUGCUGCAGUGAAAGUUGAAGACAAGGGCCUCUAACCUCCCCCACAACCCCCCCGUCCCCUGACCACUUUCUUUUUCCACUCCACUCAACCUCCCUCCUCCCUCUAUGGUCUGUCUCUCCUCUCUGUUGAGUGACCUUGGCGGAUCAGUGACUAGCACUUCCUGGAGUUGGCUUGAAGCAGAACCAAGGGCAAAGUUUGCAGGGACGUUUGGUUGUUCUGACUCUAGCGGACUGAGACAAGGUCAGACUCAUGGCCUCGUUGCAGGUCAAAGCCGGCCCGGCGAUACGGCCUUUGUGUCUUUCUAGUGCAAAAGCCGCGCAAACUUGUUUUUCUUUACAGCACAGCAAAGGCUACUUGAGUACAGUGUAUUCUCUAUGAGAGUGUCACACCGGUUUAUGGCCCUGCUGUGGUUAAUGUGUAAUUCCUGAUUCAGAAUCUAACUUCUCUAACUUAGUUUUUUUUUAUGUUUUGUUAAAGUAGAUCAUUUACCUGGUGUACUGUAGCCAUGCCAACACUUUACCCUUCUGGUGGGUAAGUGUUGACUUGGUGGAGAACAAUGAAUGAGCAAUGGCGAUGACUGUUGGUUAAACUUAUGUACACGGCGCUUUAUGAAUCAGGACUUCAGUUGGAAAAAUACCCCAUGGCGUGUUCUUUACUCUUCAGAGUAGAGGAUGUCUGCCGAUGCGUUUGGAGCCGGGGGCACCGAUGCCCAGCAGACCCUGCAGUCCUUCUGGCCCCGCGUCAUGGAGGAGAUCCGCAACCUCACUGUGAAGGAUUUUCGCGUGCAGGAGUUGCCUCUCGCCCGCAUCAAAAAGAUCAUGAAGCUCGACGAAGACGUCAAGAUGAUCAGCGCUGAGGCUCCGGUGCUGUUCGCCAAGGCAGCCCAGAUCUUCAUCACAGAGCUCACUCUGAGAGCCUGGAUCCACACCGAGGACAACAAGAGACGCACCCUGCAGAGGAACGACAUCGCCAUGGCAAUAACAAAGUUUGACCAGUUUGACUUCCUGAUUGACAUUGUGCCCAGGGAUGACCUCAAGCCCCCCAAACGCCAGGAGGAGGUGCGUCAGUCGGUGGCCCCGGCGGAGCCCGUCCAGUACUACUUCACGCUGGCCCAGCAGCCGGGGACGGUGCAGGUGCAGCAGCAGCAGGGCCAGCAGGGCCAGGGCACCACCACGCUCCAGCCCGGGCAGAUCAUCAUCGCACAGCCGCAGCAGGGACAGUUGCUACAAGGUGCCACUAUGCAGCAAUUACAGCAGGUGCAGGUGCAGUCACAGGGCACACCCAUUACGAGUGGCCAGGUAGCCAUGCAGGUUGGUGAUGGCCAGCAGCUCCAGAUAGUGCAGGCAGCACCUGCCCAGAGCCAGGUAGGGCAGGGCCAGGGCCAGACCAUGCAGGUGAUGCAGCAGAUCAUCACCAACACCGGGGAGAUCCAGCAGAUCCCGGUGCAGCUCAACACAGGGCAACUGCAGUACAUCCGACUGGCCCAACCGAUGUCCGGGACACAGGUGGUGCAGGGACAGAUCCAGACGCUUGGUAACGCCCAGCAGAUCACACAGGAAGUACAGCAAGGCCAGCAAUUCAACCAGUUUACCGACGGACAGCAGUUGUAUCAGAUCCAGCAGGUGACGAUGCCCGCGGGACAGGAGCUCACGCAGCCCAUGUUCAUCCAGUCGACCAAUCAGAGCGCAGACGGACAGGUCACACAGGUCACCACCGAAUGAGCUCCACGUGCCUCCCUCCCCCGUUCACUGACGCAGACACAGUGACAGACACACAGACACAGACAGACACAGACAGACACACCAGCUCACCAGAUGUCAGCAGUGGGAUUUGUCCCACUGCGUGACCCACUGUUAGUGCUCACUCAACCAUGGUUCUGAGCGCUGUGAUGGUUUUUGUACAUACCAGGACUGGAAGGCCACCCACCUCACUGAUUUUUUUUUUGUACAAAAAACUGAUCUUAAUAAAACAAAAAGGAACACCCCACCCGGCAGUGUAAUGCAGUUUUACCAGUUCAACUAACAUAUUAUUUAUAUACACACACGCACAUGCACACACAGUUCACCUCUCGUCCUCCUCUUGUUGUCAAUAUGAAAUCAAGUCAGUCAACAAGUUGGUGGUCCUGGUCACACCUGGAUCCCAGUAGACCAUCCUCUCCCUUGCUCCUCCCCCCACCCCGGCGCUCCGGCACGUGGGAGAUGGUCGGGGCCUUGAUUCCAGGAGCGCCUUGAGAUUUGACCCCAACCCCCUCCUGUCCCUCCUGGCCUUGUGUCUCAUCGUUCUGUGGGCUCCCUUGUAAAGAUGUAGUAGAGUUCUUCUGCUGCACCUACUGUAUUCCAGCCAUAAAGUAAUGUGUCUAAGAUUUAAUUAUUCGAUUCGAAGCCAUAUACAUCACAUUAGCUUGUUUGGAGUUGUGGAGGGGGCUUAAUGUUGACACCAGAACCCAGUAGAAGUCAAUGAUGAUGUUGAGUUAGUUUAUUAAGGUGUUUUUAGCGUGGAUUCUGGGGGAUGAAGAUGGGUCAUGAGGGUAUUUGUGCGUGCCUACGUCUGCACUAGCCCCUACCAAUGUUCAUCAGCUCUACUUUAUCAUGGUUUUCCAAUCGUCUCCAUCUCCCUCUCUCUCUACGUCCCUCCCUCAGUCUCCUGUGAAUCUGUCCUCUGCAUAACAGUGCUGUCCUAGGUCACUAUGCAGUCCCUUAUCUCCCCAUGCUCUUCAGUAGGGGGGAUUUGAAGUGCUAAUUUCAGUUUUUGUACGUUUCACAUACAAACCCAUGACUUUUUUGAAAGAAACGCCCCAUUUCCCUAUUUUUUAAACCGAACAGUUGUUUUCAAUACAUUCUUUCUCUAUAUUGUGUACAGUAAUGAUCAUUAUUAUCAAUGUUGUUAUUAUUUAGUUUUUUUUUGCAUGUAGUUUAAACUGCCAGCAUGAUAUGCAACAAAUAGGUACAAAUUUUAUUUUUGAUGUUCCUUUUUGUAAACAGACUGUUUGUGAGAAAAAUUUAAUAAAAACCUUAACGUGCUUUUUGUACUCGUUUUUUUAUUUUUUCUUUUUAUUAAAAACGAAAUGGAUGAAAUAGACAGUAUAUAUAUACCUGUAUUGGCCAUAGGGGGGCAGUACUGAACUGAACAAAGUUAUUGAACCAGCACUUGCAAUAUCCUGAUUUAUUACUAAGUCGCGGCUCUAAAGUCCCACAUUUUAUAACAAGGCUAUUUUUAUAGCAGCAUAGACACUUCCAAAGUUCACAGCAAGACAGUUUUUGUGGCAAAAAUGUCGAAAUCAAUGAGAACCUUUAAAGUUUCACCUGAGUAAGAGACUAUAAACAAUGCUAAGCUUUUUUUCUUCUGCCGUCUUAAUAUCUUGGACUUGGUUCUGGUUCCAUCAGUUAACAAUAGCGUCACGAGUCGGUUGGAGACUGCUCAGCCCCUGCGAGAUCAGCCCGCAUUCCUUAUCCGACCUAAAUCUUAAAAGGAAGAAAGUAAUUAUGGUGGGACAGAAAACGAAGCAGUGGAGAAAGGUGGUGUGUAGUCUUAUUGCUCAAGAAUGACUCUCCUCACAGGGUAUAGGCCUCCAAGGCCGAAAUCAUUACUGUCAGCCCUCCUCAGAUCGUCUUUGAAUGUAUAAACUGCUUUUCUUUCCAACUUUGUGAUAACACAUUAAAAGGACCCUUGACAUCUGACACGUUAAAGUCGUAGAGCUCCAUUGAAAUGAACCCAGGAAACAUCUUUCUGAUAGCUGGCCAGUGAAGGACCCAAGCAGCGUCCCUGGUUGGUAGAGGUUGGGCUUCAGUUCUAAGAUCUAGAAGUUUCCCUUGUGAUCUUUAAAAUACAUUUUCUGUUGAGGAAUCUCAAUGUUUACCUGGUUGUGGUUACGCAAAGUUUUUCAAUCAGAUUCCAGAUGUUUCCUAGUUAUACAUUUUCUGUGAAGUUCUCAAAUAAGAACUUCACAGAAAGUAGUUUUCUUUGUUGGUUUCAGUAGACGAGGGGGUCACGGGUUACACCUCCACAAACCUCUUACGGCCU